CCGGUGUUUGUUUCCUUUCCUUUCAUGAUUACCCGCCAAGAGGCCGUUAAGCAAAACCGCCACAUACAGAGUGACCGAGACUCAGAGAAUUGAAAGCAAAGCGGCAGUAAUGGCGUUUCCGAGAGCCAGACUUGUCACUCUCCCACUUCUUCCUUCACUCUUCUCAACCACUCUCAAACCCUUCCUUCCCAUUUCUCCCUUACUCCCUCCUCCUCCCGUCCGUUCACUCGCCGCCUUUGCCUCCCUUUCUGCUUCCGAAACCCAAGACUCACCGGCUCCGCGGGUCCCGCAUCCUCGAAAGACCGCCGAACGGUGGAAGCCCAUGUGUUUGUAUUACACGCAACGGAAGUGCACUAUGAUGGAGGAUCCUAUGCACAUGGAGAAGUUCAAUCAUAACUGCUCUAGAGAUCUUGAAGUGACGAAUUCGAUGUCAAACGGCAUCCGCUUUCAGAACCUAGAUUUUUUUCUUGUACUUGAUUUGGAGGGAAAAGUUGAAAUUCUUGAGUUUCCAGUUCUGAUGAUUGAUGCAAAAACCAUGAAUGUCGUGGAUUUUUUCCACAGAUUCGUGAGGCCAACGGAGAUGAGCGAGACAAGAAUAAAUGAAUAUAUUGAAGGAAAGUAUGGCAAAUUUGGAGUCGAUCGUGUUUGGCAUGAUACAGCUAUACCAUUUAAGGAUGUUCUUCAACAAUUUGAAGCAUGGUUAAUUCAGCAUCAGUUGUGGGGAGAGGAGUUGGGUGGGUGUCUUAAUCGAGCAGCAUUCGUCACUUGUGGAAACUGGGAUUUGAAAACAAAAGUUCCUCAGCAAUGCAAAGUGUCAAGGAUGAAGCUUCCCUCAUAUUUUAUGGAAUGGAUCAAUAUCAAAGAUGUCUAUCUAAAUUUUUACAAGAGAAGGGCCACAGGAAUGAUGACGAUGAUGAAGGAACUUCAGAUACCAUUGUUGGGAAGUCACCAUCUUGGGUUUGAUGACUCAAAGAACAUAGCAAGGGUAUUACAACACAUGCUCGCUGAUGGUGCGGUUAUACAGAUUAGCGCAAGGAGGAAUCCCGAUUCUCCUGAGAAUGUCGAAUUUCUGUUCAAGAACAGAAUUAGGUAGCUGAUUCUAGUUGGAUUUCUUAAAAAAUUAACUUAGUUGUACAAUGAAGGAACCAAAGGUUUCCAGUUCUUCACUUCAAAAUCCUGAUUUCUUACCACUACUGAUCUGAAGUGAUUCUGUUGCUCCACUUCUACCACCAAAGUUUUUUGUUUUUGUUUUGUUUAUGCAAAUUCAUAUUGGGGGAUGGAGAAUUGAAUUGACGUGUCUUAAGUUUUUCUUCGA